AUGGGGGUCCUGCCCCUGCCCCUCCCCCUCCUGCUGCUGGCUGCAGGGACCCGGGCGUCCGGGCGGGACCUUGAGGGGCACCUGGAUCUGGUGUCCCCAACGUCCCCCGUGUCCCCAGGCAGGUGCCGCUUCGCCCUGGGCAUGGAGGACGGCUCCAUCCCCGACAGCCGCCUCUCGGCCUCCAGCGCCUGGUCCGACUCCACCGCCGCCCGCCACGGCCGGCUGGGUCGCAGCGAUGGAGAUGGCGCCUGGUGUCCCGCGGGCCCUGUCUUCCCCGAGGAGGAGGAGUUCCUGGAGGUGGACCUGGGUGGGCUGCACGUGGUGACGCUGGUGGGGACACAGGGACGUCAUGCCGGUGGCCAUGGCAGGGAGUUUGCCCGCGCCUACCGGCUGCGCUACAGCCGCGACCGUCACCGCUGGCUGCGCUGGCGCGACCGGUGGGGCGCUGAGGGCACAGGGAUCUCAGAGGACAAUGGGAUCCUUGGGAGAUCCUGGGCCGGGCUCCUGUCCUACACGGCGCCACGGGGACAGGUGAUGGCCCUCGACCCGGCGCCCGUUGUCCUCAAUGACUCCACCUACGAUGGAUACAGCGUUGGCCUGCUGCAGUUUGGGGGGCUGGGCCAGCUGACGGACGGGGGGCCAGGCCUGGGUGAAUUCAAGAGCGAGGUCUACGACUUCCCAUUGGAGACCCUUUGGCUUAGCACCGCCCCCCCCUGCCCCCACCAGCUGCCCCAGGGCAUCAUGGGAUGGUGGCCAACACCCAGCAUCCCUCAGGUUCAUUGCAACAACAUGCACACGCGGGGGGUGGCCAUCUUCGAGGAGGUGGAGUGCCACUUCAAGAGGAGCCUGGCCACAGCCUGGGAGCCCACCCCGGCCACCCACAGCCUGGCCGGGGGUGUCAAGGACCCCAGCGCCCGCACGGUCACCGUGCCUCUGGGUGGGCGCCAGGCCCGCUUCAUCCAGUGUCACUUCUUCUUCGCCGGGGAGUGGAUGCUCUUCAGUGAGAUCACCUUCCUCUCGGAUACGGUGGAGGAGGCGGUGGGGGGCCGUGGGGGGGCCCCCGCCCGCCCCUACUGGAAGAAGAUACUGGGGAAGGCCCAGCGCCGGCCGUCAGAGGAUGAGCUGCGGGUGCAGCUCUCAGUGCCAGGUGACACCAUUGUCAUCAACAACGCGACGGGGGCGGGGCGAGGACCCCCCCGCUACGAGCGCAUCCCCCCAGGCCCGGGCGAGUACCAGGAGCCAACGCGGCCAUGGCCAUCGCUGCCCCCGGCCCCCCCUGGGCCUGCCCCCGGGGAGCCCAAGCCGGGACAGCCAAUCGCCAAAGCCGACCACAGCCACACCUCCAUCUUGAUUGGCUGCCUGGUGGCCAUCAUCUUGCUCCUAUUGGGCGUCAUCAUCCUCAUCCUCUGGCGGCAGUACUGGAAGAAGAUACUGGGGAAGGCCCAGCGCCGGCCGUCAGAGGAUGAGCUGCGGGUGCAGCUCUCAGUGCCAGGUGACACCAUUGUCAUCAACAACGCGACGGGGGGGGGGCCCGCUACGAGCGCAUCCCCCCAGGCCCGGGCGAGUACCAGGAGCCAACGCGGCCAUGGCCAUCGCUGCCCCCGGCCCCCCCUGGGCCUGAGACAACAUGGAUGA